GCGCACGCUCCACUUGACCUCCACGGCCUCCAGCCGGCCCCAGAAGAAGCGGUCGUUGAACUGCACGAACAGGGCCUGCAGGUCCGGCGUGGGGUCCGCCAGCUCCCAGGACGCGUCCACCAGCGAGGGCUGCUCCCGCGCCGCUGCGCGCUGGGCGGCCCGCGCGUCCCACUCCUCCUGCAGCCGCAGCGCCACCACCAGGUCCUCGUCCAUCGCGCUGCUCGCCUCCAGGACGCCGCUCGCUCGACGAAGCCGGCUCGGACGCGCGCGCGCCGGUCUCGCGAGAGCUCAAGGCAGGUCGCGGCGCGAGCGCGGACCCGCUCGGACGCCGGGGCCAAGACGCUGGGUUUGGCUGCCGAGGGCCGCACGCCGCCCCACGCACGCACGCUUGGGAUCCCCGGGCUAGGCCCCAGGAAGGCUUCGGGAGGCGGGGUGCCGCCUGUAUGCCGCCGGGGACCACAUGCCCCCCGCCACGCCCAGCCCCCGAACUGUUCUCGGCCGCGUCUCACUUCCGCAGUGGCUAGCUCGCGCAGGCGCGCGCUCCGCCCUCGCCGGCGCCAGGCGCAAUGUGCGACGCUCGGCCCCCGCGCAGGCGCAAUGCAGGGCGCUCGACUCGGCGCAGGCGCCCUCUGCUCGCCCCCGCCCCUCUCUCGGCUGCAAGGCUCGGCCCAGCUCGGGUGGGGUCCGGCGGCGGCCAGUGGCAGAGACUGCGGGUGACCGGCGCGGGAGGGCAACGACCAUGUCCGACAGCGGGGCUAGCCGCCUGCGGCGGCAGCUGGAGUCAGGGGGCUUCGAGGCGCGGCUGUACGUGAAGCAGCUGUCGCAGCAGUCAGACGGCGACCGCGACCUGCAGGAGCACCGGCAGCGCGUCCAGGCGCUGGCGGAGGAGACGGCGCAGAACCUGAAGCGCAACGUCUACCAGAACUACCGGCAGUUCAUCGAGACGGCGCGCGAGAUCUCCUACCUGGAGAGCGAGAUGUACCAGCUCAGCCACCUGCUGACGGAGCAGAAGAGCAGCCUGGAGAGCAUCCCGCUCGCGCUGCUGCCCGCCGCCGCCGCGGGCGCCGCCGCCGCCGAGGACCCGGCGGGCGCGGGGUCCCGGGACCGCCGGCGCGGCCAGGCCGGCUUUCUGCCGGGGCCCGCGGGCGCCUCGCGCGAAGGCGCGGGCGAGGAGGGCAAGCAGCGCACGCUCACCACGCUCCUGGAGAAGGUGGAGGGCUGCAGGCACCUGCUGGAGGCGGGGCAGUACCUGGUGUACAACGGGGACCUGGUGGAGUACGAGGCGGACCACAUGGCUCAGCUGCAGCGCGUGCACGGCUUCCUCAUGAACGACUGUCUGCUGGUGGCCACCUGGCUGCCACAGCGGCGCGGCAUGUACCGCUACAACGCGCUGUACCCGCUGGACGGCCUGGCCGUGGUCAACGUCAAGGACAACCCUCCCAUGAAGGACAUGUUCAAGCUACUCAUGUUCCCCGAGAGCCGCAUCUUUCAGGCAGAAAAUGCCAAGAUCAAACGGGAGUGGCUGGAAGUGCUGGAGGAAACCAAAAGGGCCCUCAGCGAGAAGAGGCGACGAGAGCAGGAGGAGGCGGCCGCCCCGAGAGCGCCGCCGCAGGUGACUUCCAAGGCCAGCAACCCGUUCGAGGAGGACGACGACGACGAACCCGCGCUUCCUGAGGUGGAGGAGGAGAAGGUGGACCUCUCAAUGGAGUGGAUCCAGGAGCUGCCCGAAGACCUGGAUGUUUGUAUUGCCCAGAGGGACUUUGAGGGCGCCGUGGACCUGCUGGACAAAUUGAACCACUAUCUGGAAGAUAAGCCCAGCCCACCUCCUGUGAAGGAACUCAGGGCCAAGGUGGAUGAGCGGGUGCGACAGCUCACCGAGGUGCUGGUAUUUGAGCUCUCUCCAGAUCGCUCCCUGAGGGGCGGCCCCAAGGCCACUCGCAGGGCAGUUUCUCAGCUGAUCCGCCUUGGCCAGUGCACCAAAGCUUGUGAGCUGUUUCUGAGGAACAGGGCAGCGGCUGUGCACACUGCCAUUCGCCAGCUUCGCAUUGAAGGAGCCACUCUGCUGUAUAUUCACAAGCUGUGCCAUGUCUUCUUUACCAGCCUUCUUGAGACGGCAAAGGAGUUCGAAACAGACUUUGCAGGAACUGACAGUGGCUGCUACUCUGCCUUUGUGGUCUGGGCAAGGUCGGCCAUGGGCAUGUUUGUAGAUGCUUUUAGUAAGCAGGUGUUUGACAGUAAGGAGAGCCUCUCAACAGCUGCUGAGUGUGUGAAGGUGGCCAAGGAGCACUGCCAGCAGCUGGGGGACAUUGGGCUGGACCUCACCUUCAUUAUCCAUGCCCUGCUGGUGAGAGACAUCCAGGGGGCCUUACACAGCUACAAGGAGAUCAUCAUUGAAGCCACCAAGCAUCGCAACUCCGAGGAGAUGUGGAGGAGGAUGAACCUCAUGACCCCCGAGGCCCUGGGGAAGCUUAAGGAGGAGAUGCGAAGCUGUGGGGUCAGUAACUUCGAGCAGUACACGGGCGAUGACUGCUGGGUGAACCUGAGCUACACCGUGGUGGCCUUCACUAAGCAGACCAUGGGCUUCCUGGAGGAGGCCCUGAAGCUGUACUUCCCGGAACUGCACAUGGUCCUCCUGGAGAGCCUGGUGGAGGUCAUUCUGGUCGCGGUUCAGCAUGUGGAUUACAGUCUGCGGUGUGAGCAGGACCCAGAGAAGAAGGCAUUCAUCAGACAGAACGCGUCCUUGUACGAGACGGUGCUCCCAGUGGUGGAGAAGAGGUUUGAAGAAGGGGUGGGGAAACCCGCCAAGCAGCUCCAGGACCUGAGGAGCGCUUCCAGGCUCAUCCGCGUGAAUCCCGAGAGCACCACUUCCGUGGUCUGAGGCUGUUCUGCUGCGGGAUGCUUCCGUGUGGCUUAUGUGCCACUCAUGUUUAUGUUACGUGAACGUAUUCCUAUAGUCUCAGUGUAAAAACGAAAGGUACCUCUUAGGCCAAAUCAAAAGAAGAAAGAAAAUACACUAAUUGAAGCCCAAAUGACAAAAACACUAGAAUUAAUUAAAACAUACCAUGGUUUCCUUUUAAAUUAUGCUACUUCCUUAAUGAAUGUAUGGUUAUUGUAGACUUCAGCUUAUCUUUUGAAUCAAAACAGCGUACAUUAUGCAGCAUGGAGAAAUGACGUCUAUAAAGACAGUUUAAGGAUGUUGUAAAGGGUCCCAGUUCGCCAAAAUGUCAGGUUUCUUAAAGGUACAGUGCCACAUAAGACACCCUGCCUCAGGUACUUUCUCCCUUUAAGCUGUAAUGAACAAUUAGGGGGAAAGAGAGGAGUUGGGAAAUUGUUUUUAGAGUAGAUUUUAGUCAAAAGACUCCUUUCUUGGAACUAGCUCGUGUGUGGAUGUCUGUCAGACACUUCAUCUGUACAGGGUUCCAGAGCAGCUUCAUAGCAACAUUUGGACAUUCCAAGGUUUUGUGAUUUGAACAGCUGAUUAUUUGGAGUUGCUGAUUAGCAGCUUCAUGGCAUUUUGUUCGGGAGCAUUUACUUGGGAAUCUAACAGACCAUGAUAAGGUUUUUUUCAAACACAUUUGAAUUGUGUGAAUUUCCAGCUGAAGCUUUUUGUCUUUGUCAUAUUAAAUAAAGUACUAAUAAAAAACCAGCACACAGGAGCCUGCCAGCAGUCAGUGACUUGAGACUUCCCACUCCUUCAGCGUAGCUUGUAGAGUGGCUGAGUCUUCAGGCAAUGGAAAAAGUUUCUGCUGAGAUAUUUAUUUAGCCAGGUGCUAGUAGCACAAACCUAUAAUCCCAGUGACUUGGGAGGCUGAGACAGGAGGAUUCCAAGUACAAGGCCAACCCGGGCAACUUAGUGAGACCUAGCUUAAAAAAUAAAAAGUACUGGGUAUGUGGGUCCACGGUAAAGUACCCCUGGGUUCAAUCCCCUGUACCAAAAGAAAAAAAAAAACAGAUUUGUUUUUGAUUCUGUUUUGAUAUGCCCAAAACUCAGGGAAAAGAGAUCCUGUGUAACUCUCAGAAUGAUCCAUGCCACAUUUUCUUGUUGUUUUUAUUUUUCUGACAUUUUUGUUUCCAAAGGCCCUGAGAUUCACCCCUGCCCCACUCUCUGUCUAUAUAACCCAGAGAUACUUAACCACUGAGCUACAUCACCAGCCCAUUUUACUUUUAGAUAGGGCCUCACUAAGUUGCUGAGGCUGGCCUUGAACUUGGGAUCCUGCCUCAUCCUCCAAGACUGGGAUUACAGGUGUGCACCACCACACCCAGCUAAAGGACCUCAGAUUGUAAUGGUUACUUCAGAUUGUUUAGUGAAACAAACUAAAGAAAGGCUUCUGUGGUGUACUGGUCAUAUAACAUUCCUCCUAUUGCAGAGAAAUUGUGUUUGCUGAGAUUCAUUUUUUUUUCCUCAGCUUCUAAUUGUGAUUUUUGUCUCAAAGUGAUGUUUCUCAUGCCUGUGACUUCCAAAGGUCAUUCUUUUAUCGGGAUAAAUAGUGGUAUUGAGGCUGAAGAUUAGUCAAACCUAACCACAAUCUGAAUAGUGGCUCAAGAGCUGUAACACUCCUUGACUUAAUAGCUCAGAGGCCAAAACAGCAUGGUUUUCUUUUUAGCUAUCCAUAUUCAACAGACUGAAAAGUAUCAGAGUUUUGGAUUGUCUCACAUUGGUGUUUUUCACAUAACUUGGGAUUUUCUAGAUAAUCAGUUGAAUAGGCAGUUAUAAUGACUUUUCUUAAGAUCACUGGAAAUUUGAGAAUUUUAUAAAAUUUUGUGUUUAUUAUUAUUCUGUCAUUUAGUUUCUGACAUGUACAAAACAUACUAUGUAAAUAUGUGUCAUUGGGUCUGUAGAAUACUUUCGAAAUGGAAUUCUGUCUGGCAGUAUGGAUUGUGAAUGUGCAUUCUCCUAUGUAAGUGGUUGCUUCUUCAUAGAACUCUGCUUUUUAAAGCUGGAAGUACAGAAUUUUCUUGUGUAAAAACCCGUGUGCUCCUUGAUCAGCGUGGUAGCUGGAGGAGUAUGUGUGAAUCAGUUGGUGGGAAGUGGACUAAAGCCACCAGUCUGGGAAUGCAGCUGUGGGCACACAGAACAGCGCAGGCUGUAUUCUUCCAAGUGCAGCCAGAGCACCCCUGUUGGUUUCAUUAGAUUUCAAAAUAAGUUCUAAAAAUUGAACGCCUUUAGAGAUUGUCUGGACACAUGGCAGACAUGAAAUGCACUGCUGUGGACUACCUUCUCUGUGCUUGGAGCACACCUGUCACUGAGCUUGGGAUCACAGACCGAUUGAAUUAAUUAGUGUCGGGGAAAAAGACACCCUUGGAAUUAAGUCUCUUUUGAUUAAAGCCUCUUUUCAUGUAGGUGUUAAAAACUCACUUAUUUUUGUACAGAAUACUACCUAUACUUUAAUUAUCAGUAGAUGCAUCUUCAACUUGGCAUCUUACCUAGGAUUGGAAAUUUGGGACUUAUACAUGUAGUAUAAAAUCAGUAUGUGCAUUUGUUUUUGAUAUACUGUGAUAUUAGAAAAUCUUAAAUGUUUUAUGAAAUAAAGCUUAAAUGUUCCUACACUGGAUAAAAUUGAUAAUAUAAUGUUAUAUGUAUUUUUCUUUAAUCAGGACUUAAUAUGGUCUUUUUACUAUUCUUUGUUGUUUUUUGUUUUAUUUAUGUGGGGAGGACUGAAAGCUGUUAGCUAAUUUAAAUAAACGUUCUGCUGUCAGAGUUUGAAUAAAUUGGAUCUAAAUGUUUUAGGA